AUGUCGGGCGGGAAUAAUUACGCUUUGGGAUACCAAGCACAACUUCAUCAUGGCCGAUCUCUAAGUUUUAACGGCGUACGACCGGUAAACAGCGGGUUGUUCCAUGAUGGGACACACGAUCAACACCGAAACAGCUUGGAUGUUCCGGUUUUGUCACAGCAAAGACGAAGUGUGGAUGCUGGGCUGCAGAACGCCGGCCGAAAUGGCUUGCCACGGAUAUCCCCAAAUGGAUUCUACGCAGGAGGAAACUUGGUUAAUCAUGAUGGAACUGCCUAUCAACCCAUCAUUGGGACGAAUCAAGGUACUGGGGGAUUUGACCAGGCCAACACAGUUCGCCCCGCGUCUGGGUUGCAGAACACGCAAAAUAUGACCGUUGAAAAUUGGGGAAACUUCAGCCGGCAGGACUUCAGACGGGUUAUUUCUGCGGCUUUUGAAAUGUAUAACCCAAUGAGGAACCCAAACAGAUCGACAAUUCUUCAAUCAGCGAGAAUGCUGCUAUCAGCUCUUACUCGGGAACACAUCAGGGACCUUCCUCGAACAGAUCUAGAUAUAAUUUGUGCAAAGGAGCAUUUAGGGGCUUGUUACUUUCUACUAGGCGAGUAUUCCGAGUCGGAAAGAUUCCGUCGAGAAAUUUUACAAGCAAGAGAAAACGCAAGGCCGCCAGACCUGGAGCGUGUUUUAGCAGCCCGGCAAAACCUCGUCGCGUCUUUGUUAGAAGUUGCCAAUGAGAGGGCUAAAACAGAUGCGCAAAGUGCAUACACGAAAAACUACGAAGCACUGAACCUUGCUGUCAAGAAUGCUUGCACAAGACGCGACCAAGAUCGAGGGAUCGACGAGGAUUUUGCGGAUGUGCUCCAAUGCUGCAAUAGACUUCUCAAGAAUACCUCUAUAUCUUUUCAUGAGAAAUCUAAUCUUCUUACUCUUCGGAUACGCGCACUACUCAAAGGCAACGAUGAACAAAAAGUCAAAGAAUUACGGUACGAAGUCUUUGAAGAUCUUACAAACACACGAUUGGACCUAGCUGGUCUUUACGGACUCAACCUCAACAAACAUAGGGAGGCAAAUGCAACGUACAACUGCAUUGAACCUAGCAUUCAGAUAUACCGGUCUUCUAUGCAACAAGGAGACUUAUAUUCGCAACAGCGUAUUGCAAAUCUCGACAACACUGUCAAGCUCCGUUGGAAGAUGAUGCUGCAGCAGAAAAGAGAAGAUAUACGCAAGGCCCAAGAACAACAAGAAAGGCAGAAUCGACUCUCAAAUGCCGCCUUGGGACAAGAUAUACGUAGGCCAGAGACGAGCAUGUCCAUAUCAUCCAACAUCACCAUGAUCUCAAGAUCGACAUCCAUUCUAUUGGAUGUGAAUUUACCAUCAAAUGAUGUUAGUGCUAUUCAGGGAAGCAAAAAACGAAUGUACGAAUUUAUUCAAUUUCGCAAAUCGAUUCUUGCCGGUCGGUAUGAUCCUAACAUGCAGCCAAUCCGCCUUACCGUCAUUGAUACGGGGCUCGAUGACACCCAUCCUUUCAUCUCGAAUAGUGGUUGGAAGCGCAAUAGAGAUUCCGAUAGAAAGGCAUUGUUCAAAGAUUUUGAGGGUGACAGCGUAACGCCUGUUGACGAGGAUGGGCAUGGAACAUUUAUUGCUGGUAUAGUGCUUCAGAUUGCUCCUGAAGUAGAACUAUCUGUGGCACGGAUUUGUAAAAAUCAUUCAUCCAUCAAAACGGAUCAAGCUGUCGAAGAGAAGAUUGCUAGGGCAAUCGUGUAUGCCGUUGACGUGUGGCAGACAAAUAUAAUCUCUCUCUCACUCGGGUUUGAACGACCAUCGUCGGGAAACCUACAAGCUGCCAUCUCAAAGGUGCAACAAAACCACAACGUCAUACUUCUUUGUGCGACCGGCAACUCCGGGAAUGAGAUCGUGGGGCCAUUGUUCCCUGCUAAAUCACAUGGAAUUUUUAAGAUUUUCGCGACUGACCAUUCUGGGGUCAUCUCCAAUAUCAGUACAGCCAAAACGUCUGACUCCGACUUCUGCUUCAGUGUUCUUGGGUGCAACAUUGAAUCAACCUGGCCUUCAGCGCCAGAAUUAAGGGAGAGAGCGGAGCGUAAUGGGUUCAAAGUAACCGAGAGAAUGAGAAAGGGUACCACUGCUGGGUUAUGGACUGUGAUGUCUGGCACUUCGUUUGCAACUCCAGUAGCUGCAUCACUCGUUGCCAUUUUGUUUCAGUUCUACGAUGAGAACGCGCACAAGGUGCGUUUACGACAAGGUGUUUUUUUCAAAACAGUGGAGGUGCUUAAACGUGUUUUGUUGUCCAUGAGCAAUGCGGGACGCGAUGGAUACAAUCAUUUGGUUCCAACCAAGGGCAGGGGGGAUGACUUCAACUUCAUUAAUGCGCUUCCGGGAGAGACACGAACGAAUUUCUUUGCAAGGAGAUUAACCGAAGUUGUUUGGAGGAUAUAG